ACUAUCAUCAUAUAUUAUAUAACACACAAAGAGAGAGAGAGAGUAAUUUGGCGUUGCCCACCAACCUAACUUCUUUACUACAUCAACAACUCAUGUCCACCUUUGUUCAAGAUUUUUAUUAUUAUAAACACGCCUGCAGCGUGAAAAUAAAACCGCAAACAUCAUAAGAAACAUACAAACGGAAGUCUUGUGCCUUCACUACCGAUUUGUGAUGGAGAAGAGGAAGAAGGCCAAUCAUGAAGAUGAAGGUGGUGAUUAUGUUCUUCCUGUACAUAGCCAAGUAGUGAAGAUAAAGAAAGAGUUUGAGAAGAUUCAUCAACCGGAAAUGCUGAGGGUGCUUCGCCAGAUCACAGGUCCACAGCGUUCCCGUUCUCCUCUCGGGUUAGGGCAGAGAGACCGCAGACCUAUCACUGCUGGGAAUUGAUAACAAAGAAACAGCGAUGGAGAUAGGUUACUAUCUGUGUAUUUUAGGCUUUCCCUUUUGUCUUUCAAUGUAAAUAUCUUUAGUAAAUGUCAUGAGUAUCCUAUAUCAACAAAUCUUUUGCUUCU